ACAGGCGCCGGGUCUAGGAAGCCGAAGACCGCAGGGGCGGGGAGGGCUUGGGACCUGGCGAUCGGCGGCCGGCCGGCCGGCCAGCGAGCUAGCCACCCGGCGACCGACCGAGCGAGCUAACCAGCCGCGCGCGUGGGCCCGGGCGGCGGCGUCCCCGGCCGCAGCACUAAGGGGCGAUCAUGGCCCGCCCGCGGGGGGGCCGGGCCGCCGCGCACGCCGCCCGCGCCCCGCGCCCUGCCCAGCCCGGGUCACCGGCGCUCGCGCUCGCCGCUUAGCACUCGGGCGCCGAUCGCUUCUCCGGGCAUCGCGGAAAUAUCGCCGCAGACGGACACAAUGGCGGCGACUGCCGCCACCACGGCCGCCACCGCCGUCACGGCCGCCUGCAGCAGCAGCACCCGCACCGACGCCGCGGGCACCGGCAGAUUGCAGCAGCCGCCGCAGCCGCCCCAGCCCGCGGCCGCCGCGCCAGCCCAGCCGCCGCCGCCCGAGCCCCCCAGGAAGCCGCGCAUGGACCCACGGCGCCGCCAGGCUGCUCUUUCCUUCCUCACCAACAUCUCGCUAGACGGACGGCCGCCGCUGCAAGACGAGGAGUGGGCCGGCGGCGAGGAGAGCGGCGCGGCCAAGCCCGGCGCCGGCAGCGCCUGCGGCGCGAGGACUCGGCUCAGCCUGCUCGCCGCCGCCGAGCGAGGCGGCUGCAACGCGCUAGCUGCGGCGGGUACGGCGGCGGUAGCAGCUGGAUGGGGCCCCUGCCUCCCGCAGCUUUCGCCGCUGCCGCCCCUGGCCCCCGGCGGCCACGCUCCGGGGUCCGGCCCCGGGACGGCCCGGGGCUUCGUGAGCUCCGUGGGCGCGGGCCGGGCGUCGGGGGAGCAGCUACAGCUGUCCCGGCCGGCGCCCCUCGCCUCCUGCGCCCCGCCGCAGCUGCCCGACGGGCCGGGGGACGGCGGGCAGGAGGAGUUGGAGGAGGACGAUGCCUUUUCCAGCGUGCAGGUGCCGGCGGCCGCCUUCUUGGUCUCCGGGACCCCCGGGAGUGGGAGCGGCAGUCGCGGUCGCCUCAACUCGUUCACUCAGGGAAUCCUGCCCAUCGCCUUCUCCAGGCAGUCCUCACAGAACUACUGCUCCCUGGAGCAGCCGGGCCAGGGGGCCAGCACCAGCGCCUUGGAGCAGCUGCAGAGGUCCCGACGACGCCUCAUUUCCCAGAGAUCAUCCUUGGAAACCCUGGAAGAUAUUGAGGAGAAUGCCCCUCUACGAAGAUGUCGAACUCUCUCAGGUUCGCCUAGACCAAAGAACUUUAAGAAGAUUCAUUUUAUCAAGAACAUGCGGCAGCACGAUACCAGGAAUGGCAGAAUAGUCCUUAUCAGUGGCAGAAGAUCCUUCUGUAGCAUAUUUUCAGUGCUGCCCUAUCGCGACAGUGCCCGAACGGGGGAUUUGAAGUUAGAUGGAGGGAAACAAUCAACAGGUGCCGUGAGCUUGAAAGAGAUCAUUGGCCUUGAAGGCGUCGAGCUGGGAGCUGAUGGGAAGACUGUUUCUUACACCCAGUUUUUGUUACCCACAAAUGCCUUCGGAGCCCGGAGAAAUACCAUAGAUUCCACCUCCUCCUUCUCCCAGUUCCGCAACCUGAGCCACCGCAGCCUCUCCAUAGGACGCGCGAGCAGCACCCAGGGGAGCCUCGACACAGGUAGUGACCUGGGAGACUUCAUGGACUAUGACCCAAAUCUCCUAGAUGACCCCCAGUGGCCUUGUGGCAAGCACAAGCGAGUUCUGAUCUUUCCUUCGUACAUGACCACCGUCAUUGACUACGUGAAGCCCUCCGAUCUCAAGAAGGACAUGAAUGAGACCUUCAAGGAGAAAUUUCCUCACAUUAAAUUAACACUCAGCAAAAUAAGGAGUCUAAAGCGAGAGAUGCGGAAGCUUGCCCAGGAGGACUGCGGCUUUGAGGAGCCCACGGUGGCCAUGGCCUUUGUCUAUUUUGAGAAGCUCGCCCUCAAGGGAAAGCUAAACAAACAGAACCGGAAGCUUUGUGCCGGAGCGUGUGUACUGUUAGCGGCCAAAAUCGGAAGUGACCUCAAAAAACACGAAGUCAAGCAUUUAAUUGAUAAACUGGAAGAGAAGUUCCGGCUGAACAGACGCGAACUGAUUGCCUUCGAAUUCCCAGUGUUAGUGGCCUUGGAGUUUGCUCUUCAUCUGCCGGAGCACGAGGUCAUGCCCCAUUACAGACGCCUGGUGCAGAGCUCCUAGCACCGGCCCCACGGAGGGCCAGGGACUGCUUCCUCUGAGCUUGCAGAAGAGCACUUACUACUGGAAAUGCAAAAAUAGAACUCGACAUACCAGCCUUU